UCUCUCUACAAUAAACAAUUCCAAUAUGGCUCUUGAUCGGUCUUUGAAUUGUAGCGCCGUCGUGGGGUCGUGGAAGAAAUCAUCGAGGCGAUCGAAGCGAUGGUGUCAGUUAAAACUCGGAGCCGACGAGAUUUUGGCCGCCCAAGGUCUCGUCAUGCUCGCCAGAAGCGGCGGCGGUCCUUACCCAUCUCCCCCCGCCGCCAAUCACCUGAUCACUGGAGAAGCCAAACACGGUGGUAACAAGCCUGCCAUCUCCGCCGCCGCUUCACUCGACUUCAAGAUAUCUCAAGAAUGGGUCCCUACUACGCCGUGCCCGCCGCCGGCCGUGCCCAAAUCGUACAGGAGUUGCGCCGACUCCGGUAAGGGUUUCAAUUCAUACCAGGCGCUCGACAGAAACCCUGACGCCGUCAUCCCCGCCAUCCCCGCCGCCGCAAUCGAAAGAAACCCAUACGCCGUCAUCCCCGCCGCCGCAAUCGAAAGAAACCCAUACGCCGUCAUCCCCGCCGUCGCCGCCGCGUCCACCAGAUGCACCUCCGGCAUGAAUCGGAGUGGUAAUAAGCUUCACGAGUGCGAAAUCUGCCACAAAACCUUCACAUCGGGACAGGCUCUCGGCGGCCAUAAGCGCAAGCACUAUGAAGGCGUCAUCGGCGCCGGUUCUAAAAAGAGCCGGAAAACCUCCUCAAACGGCGGCGCAGCCACCCAAAAGAUGAUCCGGGAUUUUGACUUGAACCUGCCGCCGCCGCCUGAUGAUCAAGAUUUCAAGUUUUAAUGAAUUGAACAAGAAGUGGAAAGUGCUGUGCCGCCACCUUUAUACGUAUGAAAAAUAUCUUUAAAAUAUUUUUUUCUGGAGUCACAUUACUUAGGAUUCUGUGUAUACUUUUAUAUAUUCAUUUAAAUUCAAUGAAUUAAUUUUUCAAUGCCUAUUUUCAUAUUCUUUAUCGUUCUUGAAUUUAGUUUUUUUUUUAAUACCAAAAGUAAAAUUUUAUUGAAUCAACAUGUACGAAUAAUAUGGUAUGCCGAUUAUUUCCGAAAAUUAGAAAAACCUAACCUAUAUCGGAAAAUAAAACGCUUAACAAAGGCCACGUUAUUGCAAGUAAUAUAAUGAAAGGAACGAUGAUAAGAAUAAACAAACUUUGCCAACUGAUUUAGCUACUCGAUUCUGCUAUAUGAUUAAAUUUUCCAAUGCGGACGUACCAACUUUGUUCCAAGGGUUUCCAAAAAACCCCUGAGUUAUGGUCAAAUUACAAAAAAAAAACCCCUCUUGUUUAGAUAAUUACAUCUACCCCCUUAA